AUGGCUCGCAUUGACGUCGAAAAGGCCAUUGAAGAGCUGACGCUCGGAGAAAAGGUCGACCUCACAGCUGGCCAAGAUUUCUGGCACACAGCCUCCAUCCCACGUCUAAACAUCCCCGCCCUACGGAUGUCCGAUGGGCCCAACGGCGUACGCGGCACACGCUUCUUCAACGGCAUCCCAGCAGCUUGCUUCCCAUGCGCAACAGCCCUAGGUGCAACCUGGGACGCGGAGCUCCUCUCCGAAGUAGGCUCACUAAUGGGUGACGAAGCGAUCGCCAAGGGCACGCACAUUGUGCUCGGCCCGACAAUCAACAUCCAGCGAUCGCCCCUAGGCGGACGUGGCUUCGAGUCUUUCUCGGAAGAUGGAGUCCUUUCUGGAACCCUGGCUGGCCAUUUCUGCAAGGCUAUGCAGGGCAAGGGCGUGGCUGCUACGCUUAAGCACUUCGUCUGCAAUGACCAGGAGCACGAGCGCAUGGCUGUUAGUAGUAUUCUGACUGAUCGGGCGCUGCGUGAGAUCUAUUUGAUGCCGUUUCAGUUGGCUAUGCGGAUUUGUCGCUCUGCUUGUGUUAUGACGGCUUAUAAUAAGAUUAAUGGGACUCAUGUUAGUGAGAAUAAGCUUAUUAUUGAUGAUAUCUUGCGCAAGGAGUGGGGGUGGGAUGGUGUUGUUAUGAGCGAUUGGUUCGGUACUUAUAGUACCUCCGAUGCUAUCAAUGCCGGUCUCGACAUUGAGAUGCCUGGCAAAACCCGUUGGAGAGGCCAGGCUCUUGCGCACGCUGUUUCUUCCAACAAGAUUGCCCAGUUCAAGCUUGAUGAGCGUGUGCGCAAUGUUCUCAACCUCGUUAACUGGGUUGAGCCUCUGGGUAUCCCUGAGGGAGCGUCUGAGAAGGCUCUUAACCGACCAGAAGACCAGGCUCUCAUGCGCCGUGCUGCUGCCGAGUCUGUUGUGCUCAUGAAGAACGAGGGUAACAUUCUUCCUCUCAAGAAAGAUGGGUCUCUACUGGUCAUUGGCCCCAAUGCUAGAAUUGCCUCGUACUGCGGUGGCGGUUCGGCAUCUUUGGCGCCAUACUAUACCGUCACUCCAUUGGAGGGUGUCUCCGCCAAGAGCAAGGGCGAGGUCAAAUUCAGCCAGGGAGUGUACUCUCACAAGGAACUGCCGCUCCUAGGGCCGCUUUUGAAGACAGCAGAUGGCAAGCCCGGCUUCACUUUCAAGGUCUACAAUGAGCACCCCCGCUCUGGCGCUGACCGCCAGGUCGUCGAUGAGCUACAUCUGCUCGACUCCACCGGUUUCUUGAUGGACUAUGUCAACCCUAAGAUCAAGUCGAUGACCUACUAUGUCGACAUGGAGGGAUCCUUCACCCCAGAGGAGAGCGGCGUGUACGACUUCGGAGUAACAGUCGUUGGCACAGGCCAACUCCUCAUCGACGACGAAAUCGUCGUCGACAACACCAAGAACCAAAAGCAAGGCUCCGCCUUCUUCGGCACAGCCACCAUUGAAGAGCGCGGCACCAAAGAGCUCAAGGCUGGUCAGACCUACAAGGUAGUCUUCCAAUUCGGCACCGCCCCAACCUCAGACCUCGACACCCGUGGCAUCGUCGCCUUCGGCCCAGGCGGCUUCCGCUUCGGCGCUAGCCGUCAAGUCAGCCAAGAAGAACUAAUCUCCAACGCCGUCGAACAAGCCAAGACCGCAGAACAAGUCGUCAUCUUCGCAGGCCUGACCCUGGAAUGGGAAACCGAAGGCCACGACCGUGAACACAUGGACCUACCCCCCGGCAGCGACGAACUCAUCACCCGCGUGCUGGACGCCAACCCCAACGCCGUGGUCGUCCUUCAAUCGGGUACGCCGGUAACCAUGCCCUGGGAACACAAAGCCAAAUCCCUCGUGCAAGCCUGGUUCGGCGGUAACGAAUGCGGCAACGGCAUUGCAGAUGUCCUCUACGGCGACGUCAACCCCUCUGCUAAACUCCCAAUCACAUUCCCCCGCCGUCUACAAGAUAAUCCCUCCUACCUGAACUUCCGAUCCGAGCGUGGCCGCGUCCUCUACGGCGAGGACAUCUACGUCGGCUACCGGUUCUUCGAGAAGAGUGACGUCGCGCCGGGCUUUGCAUUCGGCCAUGGGCUGUCAUACACUACAUUCUCCCGCUCCGAUCUUUCCGUCGAGACUGUGCCCGAGCAAGCCAAGUACGCCGAAUCUGGUGAACCAAUUACUGCCUCCGUGACUGUAACAAACACGGGCUCAGUGGCUGGUGCCGAGAUCGUACAGUUGUGGAUCGUACCCCCCAAGACGGAUGUCGGUCGUCCGGUGCGUGAGCUGAAGGCUUUCAAGAAGGUUUUCCUUCAGCCUGGGGAGUCGAAGACUGUGCAGCUUGUUGUUGAGAAGAAGCUUGCUACGAGUUGGUGGGAUGAGGAGCGGGAUCAGUGGAUUUCUGAGAAGGGGACGUAUGGGGUUUUGGUUACUGGUACUGGGCCUGAGGAGCUACGUGGUGAGUUUGAUGUUGGGAAGACGAGGUUCUGGCUUGGUCUGUAA